GAUCAGAUGAGAGCAUCAGCAGUGAGAAUGUCAGAAGGUUGUCCAGCAAGAGUGACAAAAGUGUCACAGAUGCUGACAGCAUCCGACGGCUGUCGAGUCAGAGUCAUGACCUGUUAGCACCGCCAAAACCUCCAAGUCGCACCAGCAGUUGUUCCAGCAUCUUCUUUUCUGACGACGAGGACUUACUUGGACAAAUCAGUUUGCCACUGCAGACAUCAGACAGGCUUGGCCCAGAAGGCGAUGACAUUACAUCCAUUUUAGGACCUGGGCAGAUAACUCCCAAACCAUCGGCAGAGACGAAAGUCUGUGGGAACAUCAAACUCGGGUUCAUGAUCUCCAAAGGACAUCUACAAGUGGACAUCAUCUGUGCUGCCGGUCUUCACUGGGACAGUCUGACUCAGCCUCCAGAUACUUACGUGAAAACCUACCUCAUGGAAGGAAAGAGGGUGUUGCAGAGGAAGAAGACGACGGUCAUCAAGGCGACCUUAGAUCCUGUCUACCGCAAGAGGAUCAAAUAUUCUGCCAGCAAUGUUCAUGGCAGAUUAAUGAAGAUUGACAUCUGGAAGCGCACCAGUAAUUUUGACAAGAAGGCGUGUCUCGGAGAAGUUCUAGUGAGACUCGAUGGUCUGGAUUUGUCCAAGUCAACGGUCGCCUGGUACAAGUUGUUCCAGAUGAACAGCACAGAGUACGGGUCUGAAGAAUUUCUUAACGUUUGGUGA